GCCGUCCGUUCCCUCGCGGAGCCGAGUGUUGGCUGCCGGGCGGGGCCUGUCCCGCCGUUACCCAGCGGUGCCUCGCGCCGUGCCCGGCUAGGCCGCGCGGGAUGGCGGUGGCGGUGCGUGCGCUGCAGGAGCAGCUGGAGAAGGCCAAGGAGAGCCUGAAACACGUGGAUGAGAAUAUCCGCAAGCUCACGGGCCGGGACCCCAACGAUGUGAGGCCCCCGCAGAACAGACUGCUGGCCCUCUCAGGCCCUGGUGGAGGUAGGGGGCGAGGGAGCUUACUGCUGAGGCGUGGAUUCUCGGAUAGCGGAGGAGGACCCCCAGCCAAACAGAGGGAUAUUGAAGGGGCAUCCAGCAGGCUGGGUGGAGAGCGUCGGACCAGAAGAGAAUCACGCCAAGAAAGUGACGGAGAGGAUGAUGAUAUUAAAAAGCCAGCAUUACCAUCUUCUGUUGUUGCUACCUCCAAAGAGCGAACACGUCGAGACCUUAUACAAGAUCAAAAUAUGGAUGAGAAAGGAAAACAAAGGAAUCGACGUAUAUUUGGCUUGUUGAUGGGCACUCUUCAAAAAUUUAAGCAGGAGUCCACAGUUGCUACUGAGAGGCAAAAGAGGCGACAAGAGAUUGAGCAAAAACUUGAAGUACAAGCAGAGGAGGAAAGAAAACAAGUUGAAAAUGAAAGGCGAGAACUGUUUGAAGAAAGGCGUGCUAAGCAGACAGAGCUGCGGUUACUGGAGCAAAAGGUUGAACUUGCUCAGUUGCAAGAAGAAUGGAAUGAACAUAAUGCAAAAAUAAUUAAAUACAUAAGAACAAAGACAAAACCUCACUUAUUCUACAUACCUGGCAGAAUGUGUCCUGCUACACAAAAGUUGAUGGAAGAAUCACAGAAAAAGAUGAAUGCGAUCUUUGAAAGCAGGCGCAAUGAAUUUGCAGAGCAGAUUAACAAAAUGGAGGCCAGGCCCAGAAGACAAUCUAUGAAGGAAAAAGAACAGCAGGAGGUGCAGAAUGAAGAAAAGAAGGAAGAACAGAACAAGGAGCAGGAAGAGGGUAAGGUGGUUCAGCAGGUGGAAGAGUUGGAGACAGGUAAUCAGCACAAUGAUGUAGAAAUGGAGGAGGUAGGGGAGGAAAAGGGAAAAAUAGGUUCAGGGCAUAGCGAUGCAGAGAAGGAACAGGAAGAGGAAGAACAGAAAAAUGACAUAGAGAUUAAAGUAGAAGAGGCUGCUGAGGUGAGGGAGAAUGACAAGCAACAGGAUAGUCAGCACGAAGAGGUCACAAUUGUAAAAGAGGAAAAUGAAAAUAUUCAGCCAGUGGAUAAUGAGCAGGAUAUGGCUGAAAUGAAUGAGGCAGAUAGUGUAGAACCAGUAGAUAAUGAGAAUGGCAAAGAAGUGGAACCAGAAAUGGAAUGUGAUGCUCAGCCAGAGAAAAUGUGUGAUGUUCCUUCUCCUGAAAAGGAGAAAAUUAUCAAAACAGAAACCGAAGCCGAACCUGAAGACAAACAGGAGCGGCCACCUGAAGUUCAGCCAGAACCCAUAGUUGAGGCCUCAUCUCAGCCACAGUCUGUGCUACCACCACAGUCACCUCAGUUCUCUCAGUCUGUUCAGGAUACAGAGCCUCAGGCAGACAAAGAUGAAAAUGCUGUGGUGUCUGUAAAGGUCGAGGCACAGGCAGAGCAGAAUCAGACACUGAGUGCAGAAAUAAAAAACAAGACUAGAAGUAGAAGCAGGGGUAGGGCAGGGAACAAAGCUGCUAAGAGCCAUAGUCGCAGCAGCAGCAGCAGUAGUAGCAGUAGUACUUCAAGCAGCACUAGCAGUGGAAGUAGUUCCAGCACUGGCAGCACUAGCAGUCGGAGCACUUCCAGCAGCAGCAGCACUAGUGGGAGUACUAGCAGGGACAGUAGCAGCAGUAGCUCUACCAGCAGUGAAAGUAGAAGUCGGAGCAGAGGAAGAGGUCAUAACAGAAACAGGAAACGCAGGAGGAGUGCCGAAAGGAAGCGAAGGGAUGCUUCAGGAGUAGAUAGAAGUCACAAGUCCUCGAAAGGUGGGAGUAGAGAUACAAAAAGUUCAAAGGAUAAAAGUUCAAGAUCUGACCGAAAGAGAUCUAUAUCAGAAAGUAGUCGGUCAGGCAGGAGAACUUCACGGAGUGAAAGAGACCGUAAAUCAGACAGGAAAGACAAAAGGCGUUAACAGAAGAGACCAAGCUUCCUUAGCCUAAUCUUUGCAGCAGAAGAUUAUUUGAGUGAAAGGAUUCCUUGUAAGGAGGAGGAGAAGGCUGCCUUAAGAAUUGCAUGCUGUAAAAAGUCUUUUGGAAAAAUGCAGACUGUUUACCAGGCAUUCUUGUACUUUUUACAUAAUUUUGUAAAAGGUUACCUACCAAAAUUAUGUGAAGUUCCUGAAAAUGUAAAAAUAAAAGAUUAACACUCCUUUGCAUCUCCUUUUUUUUUUUUUUUAAUUAAAUAUUCUGUAUUCAUUAAGAUCCUCUGUAUAUUUUAAUAGGUAAAGCUUUAAGUUGGUGUGAUCGCUUUUUCUGUAUCAUAAACUUUUUUUGUAGAAAUAAAUGUGCAUUUUAAAUAAAUGGAGAUGUCUUGUUGACACUUAAAUUCCCCUUUUAGAUCAUAUGUAAGGAGGCAAUAUUGCAGGAAACGUUAGAAUUUUGCUUUUCCCCUCUAUUCCUUGCAAUAAUGGGAAACUUAAGGCUCUCUAAUCUCUCCAGUGCUAGAUGGGAAGGGAAAGUAAUUGCUUUGAAUCUACGCCUUUUUGUUUUCUUCUGUAAUCACAAAUUCUUAGUCAAUUCUAUAUUCCGGUUCUAUGAAACUUUUUCCUGUGUGUAGGCAAGCAGUGAUUAAAUGUGAACACUUAAAGCUGAGCAAGAUAGCUCAGAUAGCUCAAGUCAGUCUGGAAUACCGCUCUCACCUGCUUUCUGCAGGUACUUCGGUAGUGUACGUUUAUGUUUUGAGGUAGUUGAUAUGUUUAGUAUUGCUCCUUGCUUUGAUGGACAAUGGCAGAAAGACUUCAGCUCGCUUCUAAACCAAGAGUCUGUUUUAGUUGCAGUCCUAUCUUUGAUCCCUUCAUACCACUAGGAAUAAUUACAUUGCAGUGUUGGAGUUACUCGGGACUACCUAAUGCUGACAUUGUAUGCGUGCAAGAAUGUUUCCUGAAUGUAUUUAAUAGAACACGAAUUGGUAUGUUAUCUAUGAAGAGGAAUUCUGUUUUAUAUGAUUUUGUACGAAGAACAAUAACAUCUGUUGCUGUGUUCUGUACAUGUGCAAAUAAAUGUGGCUUUGUAGACUAC